UGUAAAUUCUAGUUAUAAUUUAAAGAUAAUAACUGACAUUUCCCUUUGUUGUUCUUUAAGCUUUUUCUUGGGAUGUCUUCUCAUUUUGCAGAUAAAGCUGAACAAAAAUGAGUGCAACCCAUUUAUUCCCUCAUCCUGCUGCAAACCAGAAUGGUUUCAGGCAGCUGAGUCGGCAAGUACUUUCUCAAUACUGGCUGUACGUGGUGUCAGUAAUUCCAGCAGCAUCCCCUGGAAAAGACUGGUACAAGCAGCAUAGGGGUGAUUUCUCCAAAUCCUGGGGCCAAAGCCAAAUCCUACAAGGGGAUUUUUGCAGGUUUGCUCCUUCAUCACUGGGAUGUUAUAAUCCAGUAGUCUUUUACGUAGCUUAGUAGAUUGAGUUAUUUGGCCUUUUGAACUAAUGUUUGUUGUUUCUCUGAUGCAUUUCUCCCUCCCUUGCCCCAGACACGUUCCAUCCUUGGCCAGAUGCUGCAAAUGAGGAGAGGACAGGGACUUCUGCUGUUCUUAGAAGUGGUGGUGGAGAUGCUGCUGCAGAUGCUAUUGUAGGUUCAGGACAGUUUUAGGGUGUCCAGUGACCCCCUCAGGCAGGCUCUUUGCAUACUUGCUUGCAGCACAGCAAACAGGAAAUGUGUGUGCACCGGUAGUUGAGUGCAACCCAAAAACGGAAAGCUGCCUUGAGUAAGAGAAAAUGACAGCUUGGGCGUGGGGCAGGCGGGUGUGCAGCAGCAAUGCCCUUGGUGUGGGGCUGAUAUCCCUCUGACCUCGGGGAACCUCACAGCACAGCCAGACAGUGCCCUGAAGCUCAGGAUACCUUUCAGCACGCAGAAAAGUACCCAGCUGUGAGCCAUGGCUGAACACCGGGCAGGUGCCAAGGGCCGGCGCAUGGGCUCCAGCCGUCGCAGGCAGCUCUGCAAGGAUUCUGGUCCCAGCGAAGAGCCACUGUGGGCAUCUAAAGUCAUGCAGAAGGUGCAGGACUUCAUCCAUGGGCACCACAAGGACCAGACAGGGUUCAUCACUCGCUCAGACAUGCAGAAGUUGCAGGAGAAGAAUUUCCCAUGCAGCACAGAGGAGCUGGAGCUCCUCUUUGAUGGGCUGGAUGCUGCUGGCACCGGGCAGUUGAACACUGAGGAGUUUGUUGCCGGGCUCUGGCAGUUCCUGAGCUCCCAAAAGGCCAGCAGGGACCAUCGCCAGCGGAAAACAGGAUCCUGGAGGAACUCAGUCUUUGCCAGCCCUUUGUUGGAGGGGGUGGACAGUGAGGAGCAGAAACACUUUGCAGCAUUCAUGGACCAGCUGGGCACAGAUGACAUCUCUGAAGAGUGGGAGAUCUGGCAACUCUGGGCCAAGCUCCGGAAGGAUGAGCCACAGCUCCUGGGCAACCUGGAGGACUUCUUGGCCAAGAUGAGGCACCGCAUUCAAGAAGCCAGGAGCAAGAAGGAGGUCUUGGAGGUGACCCUGAACAAAUGUGUGGCUGAGCACAACCUGGAGGUGCAGCAGCUCUGUGCAGCCAUGGAGCAACAGAUCCAGCAGGAGCAGCAGCGGCUGGAGCAGGAGAGCAUGGCCCGAAGCCACUUGCAUGGCAUGGAGCUGCAGCGAGUCCUGGAUGCCAGUGAAAAGGAGGUGCAGCGCUUGGUCACAGCACAGGUAGAGCUGGAGACACGGUGCCACAGCCUCCUCAGCAUGCAGCAAACUGCCAGCACUGAAAAGCAGCAGCUGGAAGAGAGCAACCGGGUGCUGGAGGAGCAGCUGCAGCACAUCAACCUGCAACUGCAGCAGACCCAUGGGUAUCUGUGGACCACAAGGGCCGCGGUAGCUCAAGAGCACAUGGAGGAGCUGCAGGACAGAGCAGUGGCAGAGCUGCCUGGUGAGAUGCCACCAUCCCUGCAGAUGAGUCCACAGCAGAGUGAGAAGUGUUGCUCAGAGGUGCAGAUCAGGCUGGGGUCACAAGUUGGCAAGCCACAACGCAAAAACACCCACCAAGUGGUUUGGGAAAAGCUGCCAGCAGAAACAAGCAUUUCAGGACUGCCAAGAACACUCUCUGUAGAAGAGGACCCUUUCCCUGAAUUUCUGAAAGAGGAACAGUUUUCUGACCAAGGUUCUUUGCUAAGAGAGAUGAAUGAUGCAAUAGCAGCUCUGAGCAUGCAGCUGAAGCCACAGGCACCAGCUGCACUGGCAGAAGCUGCCUGUUGCCUGCAACAUGAUGCUGAGCGCCAAAAAGGACCAGAAGCAGCAACACUGCAUGGUUCAGCCAUUGGGGCCCCAAGGAAUACCCAUGUUGGUCACAAGCUGUUCAAAGAAGACCUGAGAGAGGGACGAACCGCAGCUGAGCUUCCUGCUCGGGACAUGACACAGGCCAGUGCGUCCACUGAGGAGCUGGGGGCAGAGCAGGGAAACAGCAUGGAGGGAGCAGGGCAAGGCCUGGAGGAGGUGAAAGGGACAUUAUUUGGGAAGGGAAAGGGUGCUGAUGAGAAGGGGCAGAUACUAAAGGAGGCUGAGCGUCCACAACGUGCACCCAGAGAGAGAAAAGAGACAGCUGAUCAGGAAUGGGUGGAGGUGGAGGAAGCAGAAUGGGUGCACAAAAAGACAGAACAGGAAAAGGCACAGCUGCCAGGAGAUGCUGAAGAAGCAGCGUUAAGCCAGGGAGAAAAUUUGGAGGCAACCCCCGAGGGCUGGGAACUGGAGCUUGUACCAGGUUGGGACUUGGCCAGAGAUGUGCUUGGGGAGCCGGGAGGGUGCCUGGAGCCGGAGCUGAUAUGCAGGGGUGAGGUGCAAAUGGCAGCAAAGCAGGAAGACAGUGUCCUCCCAGGGGUGACAACAGUUUCCAACCCCAAAAAUGUAGAUGGGGAAGGUGAUGGUGCAGAGGUGCAGUCAUGGGGACAGGACAAAGGAACAGUGCAGGUAGAUGCAGAACCAGCUCAGGUGCAUGGAGCAAAGCAUGGCAGGAGUCAUGGAGCAGCCUGUGAGCUCCUAGCUGAGGCUGCAGAGGAGGAGAGGGGUGCAGGAGAGGCAAUGCAGGGAGGGCAAGGUGAUGCCUGGCUACAGCCCAGUGGGGAAGAUUUUGGGGACAUGAAGGAAGGGACCUCACAUGCACAUGUGCUACAGCUAGAGGCAGUGCCACAAGCUGAAACACAGGAAGGGGCAGUGGUGGCAGGUGUGCAACAGCUGGAGGCCCUGAGCAGUGCUGCCAGUGUGCAGUUGCUUGCAGAGCUGGGGGAGCUUGAGGCAAGCCCAGGAGGGAGCCCAGCAGCAGAGCUACAGCACCAAAGUGUUGCUGGUGCCCCAGGUAUAGAGCAGGCAGGGAGCAUGGGGCCAGAUGUACAGCCCCUGGAGGGGGUUGGUAGAGCACAGCCAGGGCUGGAGGAGAGAACCAGUGCUGCUGCAGUGCUUGGUGAGGGCCUUUCCCCAGCAGAAACCCCUAUGGAGUACCUAGGUCUGCCUAGGCUGGUCCUGAUUAAUGCUCAGACACUGGGAAUGGAGGAGGCAGAACACUCUCCAGCAGAGACUCUGCUCCAUGGGGGUCUUAUCCCAGAAGCCCCACGGGAUGUGGGGCGCCAUAUGGCCAUUCGUCUCGCGGAGGAGGCUGGGGAUGGGGGACAAGGGCCAAGCGAGUCUGGGCUGCCAAAUCAGCCUCUGCUUGAUCCCCAGGGAGCAGAAGCUGGGCUGGCAGAGGGGGCUGCUUCAGAGGUGCCACAACAGAAGAAGGCUGGAAGCAUGGAGGUGCUGGAGGCCCUGAGCAGUGCUGCCAGUGUGCAGUUGCUUGCAGAGCUGGGGGAGCUUGAGGCAAGCCCAGGAGGGAGCCCAGCAGCAGAGCUACAGCACCAAAGUGUUGCUGGUGCCCCAGGUACAGAGCAGGCAGGGAGCAUGGGGCCAGAUGUACAGCCCCUGGAGGGGGUUGGUAGAGCACAGCCAGGGCUGGAGGAGAGAACCAGUGCUGCUGCAGUGCUUGGUGAGGGACUUUCCCCAACAGAAACCCCUGUGGGGAGCCCAGUCCCUGAUGGACUGGUCCAAGAUAAUGCUCAGGAAUUGAAAUUGAAGGAGGCAGAGUCACUUGUGCAGGUGGAGGAACUCUUAUCAACCCCUGGAGGGAGCACAUGGGCUGACCUGCAGCCCCUGGUUGAAGAAGGGACUGGGGAAGUGGCACAGAGCCAAGCCGUGGCUUUGGAAGUGGGGCUGUGCAACACAGAUGUGUGGGAUGGGGAUGCUGAUGCACCUGUGCCCCUUCCAGCUGUGGCUGCUUUGCAUCCUGAGUAUGCUUCUGCCACUAAAUAUCCUUAUCCAGAUGUAAAACUGGUAGCAGUUAAUGAUCCAGAUGAGCAGGCCCUGGAAGAAAACCAAGCUCUGGAAAUUUUCCAGGAAGAGAGUGCUGAUGCAGAGGGGAGGCCUCUGGAUGGAGCUCAAGGUCUGGGAGUUGUGCAGGGAGCUAGAGUAGAGGCAGAGACAAGGAUCUUAGUUGAAGUUCAGCAUUUAGAACUAAAGCAGGGCCAUGAUACUAAUGCAGCCACACUGGCCGCCUCUGUUUCUGAGGUGCCUCUACAAAUUAGCACUCUAAAUUGGAAUAUGGUGAUGCAGGAGGAUGUUCUCGUUCCAGAUGUGCAAUGGCUAGGUGGUUCGGGACAGGCAGCCCAAAGUGAGCUCCUGGAGCAGGUCUCAUCACAGAAAGAGAAGAUGAGGCUUCAUGCUGCUCCCCAGCAGCCACAGGAGAAGCCACCAUGUGUGAUAGAAACCAAGCAAGUAGCUGCUGGACCUGCUGAGCCUCCAAAACAAGAAGUGCCACCAGUGUCAGCCUUUUGCACAAGGGUCCAAGAGCAGGAAGAUACUGGGAAUGAUUUGCUGGGGAUGAAUCUCAGAGACAGCACACUGAUGGAUGCAGCCAACAGCAGGGUGCAGCCUCAAAGGCAUCUCUCAGAAGAGUGGAGGGAAGACCUUGAUGUUGGCCAACCAGAGAAGAAAAAAGAGAUGGGGCAUAAAAUGAGCCAGGAAGGUGAGCCCAGCCCAGGAGAGCCAGGAGCUAUGACUGUGAAUGGAGCAGGAGCUUCUCCAAGGGGCUCUUCUGAAGUCUCCCUGGACCCAGACCACUUGUACAAUGUGCUGUUUGUCGGUGAUUCCCAUGUGGGCAAAACAUCCUUUCUGUACCGGUUGCAUGCCAACACCUUCAACCCACACCUCACUGCCACAGUAGGACUGGAUUAUCAGGUCAAAAGCCUCAUCAUGGACAACAAGCACUUUGCUCUCCGCCUAUGGGACUCAGCUGGGCAGGAAAGGUACCACAGCAUCACCAAGCAGUUCUUCCGGAAAGCAGACGGGGUGGUGCUGAUGUAUGACAUCACGUCACAGUACUCCUUCGCAGAUGUGCGCUACUGGCUCAGCUGCAUCCAGGAGGGAGCAGAUGACGGAGUCACUAUUCUGCUUCUUGGGAACAAAACGGACUGCGCUACAGAGAGACAGGUCCCUACUCAAGAGGCAGAACGCUUGGCUGAGGAGUAUCAGCUCAUAUUUUAUGAAUGCAGCGCUGCCUCUGGCCACAACGUUGCUGAGUCCAUGGUCAGCCUAAUCAGGUCACUCAAAGUUCGUGAAGAUCAAUUGAGAAAUAAGACAGAAGAGGUAGCAAAGCUGCCUCAGAAGAAAAAGGGCUGCUGCUGGUGAUGAACAGAGUCCUUGCUGUAGUCUGAAACUGCUGUGGCAGAAAAGCAAAAAAAAAAAAAAAAAAAAAAGGAUUCUUGACCACCAGCCCUGCUCCUUGUGUGCCUGUCUUGCCUGAGCUCCCUUGAUGCUGAGAGCAAAAAAUGCUACAGAGGAGAAGGCUGUUGUCUGUUCUGCUCCCUGCUCAUCUCUGCUAUUGCCAGUUGCCAGAGAGAACAAACCCUCCAAGAGACUUAUUGGGAAACUGCACUGCCUUCACCUGAAGACCAAAAUUGGGCUAAUGAAGGAGAAGGAGGCAGAAAGGAACCCAUCUGGAUCCAAGAUACUGGAACCAUCCUGGAAGCAGCAGGCAGCAAAACCCAGUCUCAGGAUAAAAGAAAUGAGUACAGGGAGUCAGCAGAAUGUUUAAGGCCAUUUGUGCUGCUGUGCAGUGGGGACUUUGGCUCUGUCUUUACAAGCUGGUCAGAUUUGGUUUGGACCAAUGAAACAUGCUGUAUAUCCUAAGUGCAGUGUAAGUCUCUCCAACUUGGCAAGGCAAAGCUGUUUUUCCCUUUUUCAGUUUCCAAUGCCAGUGAUCAGCAAUGGGUCCUGUCUGAAAAAGAUUAAAAACUUUGGAGCUUUUCAAGGUGUUUUGAUCAAAAGCAAGUCCAGGAUAAAAGAAAGGGCACUGAAGUGGUGGGGUGGUGAGGUAUAUAGACAGAGAAAUGCUCAUGAGUCCUUGUUUCACUUUAGUGCACCCAGAGCAGAGUCUUGCACUGUCACAGCAAACCCUCAGUAUGGGCAGGGAAAAGUGAGCUUCUGCACCCUGCCCUUUAAAAGUGAUACUUCUAAUGAAGUACUGAAUCUCAGUGUGACAUCUAAAAAGGUACAUAUCACAAUUUCUUUUUUUUUAACAGCUUAAUGCAGAUAACCAUAUUUUUGCAGAGAAAGGCAUACAGACUAAAUAGAUAAGAAUAUGAGUGUUGCAUUUUUGUGUUUUUAUAUAUUCCAAAAAUAA